AUGUAUAACACGCCACCAGAUGACAGUAGACCUAGGCAAGAUGACAGUAGACCUAGGCAAGAUGACAGUAGACCUAGGCAAGAUGACAGUAGACCUAGGCAAGAUGACAGUAGACCUAGGCAAGAUGACAGUAGACCUAGGCAAGAUGACAGUAGACCUAGGCAAGAUGACAGUAGACCUAGGCAAGAUGACAGUAGACCUAGGCUAGAUGACAGUAGACCUAGGCUAGAUGACAGUAUACCUAGGCAAGAUGACAGUAGACCUAGGCAAGAUGACAGUAGACCUAGGCAAGAUGACAGUAGACCUAGGCAAGAUGACAGUAGACCUAGGCAAGUGUAUAACCGAAACAUGUCAGUUAAUUUGGACGAUACUUAA